AUGGCGUUCGACCGAGAUGAAUGUGUCGAGCAGUGCUUUGCAGUCGUCAAUGACCUUCACGUCCUCGCACGGUUCGUCCUAGCAAAAUGGUAUUUGCGAGCUGUAGAGGGAGGGAAUGUACGGGCCAUGUAUAACAUUUCCUUGUAUUAUAGCUAUGGUGAAGGGCUUGCACAGGAUCCAGUGCAUGCUAAGAGGUGGCUUCCACUAGCUGCUGAUUGUGGUCACAAGAAAGCUCUUUAUGAGUGCGAUAUUAAGCUUUGUGCGGCAGGAGACAAGGUUAAGUGUCUCAUGUAUCUAGAGCUGGCGACACGGCAUGGAGAAGCUGCUGCUGCUCACAUGAGGGAUGUAAUACUUGAAUCGUUCUCUGUUGUGAAUGCGCAGCGUGCCAUGUCGGAUGCUGAUAAAUGGAAGCCUAGGACACUCCAUCCUAGACCUAGAAGGUGAGGAAAUGACCAUGCCA